AUUAUUUUUAAAAGAACGAAUUCCAUAAAUUACAAGUAUAGGAUUGACAGGCGUUUGGGCUCACGGAACAAAACGUCAUUUGACCUAAUAAUUUUUUUUUUUUUUUUUUUUUGGGUUUCCGCUCUAUUAUUGUGUCCAUUACCUACCUUUCGGGUUGAACUUUCUCCUUUAAAAACCUACUCACACCCUAUCAUUUUAUUAUUAAAAACUCCUUUUUUUGUGUGUGUAUAUACACUUUGGGCUAAAAUGGCGUUGUUAUUUAUAAUAUUUACCCAGACUCGCUCUCUUUCUCUCUCUUUCUUUCUCUUUUUCCUCACUUAAAAAAAAUUAUCCACAUGCAACAAAAACGAACAAGAAACUCAAGACCCAAGGUAUUUCAAUGCACUGGAUAUGGCGACUGCAAGAUGGUAUUCACCAGAAGUGAGCAUCUGGCACGUCAUCUCAGAAAACAUACAGGCGAGAAACCCUUUGUCUGCAUUGUACCUCUCUGUACUAAAGCAUUCAGCCGAUUUGAUAAUAUGAUGCAACACACGCAAACACACCGUAGUAAUAGCUACAACAUUAUUACAGCUAAAGAACGACAUCAUACGCGGGCAACUCGAGCCCAAGCUAAGAAGGAAGAGACGAAUGAAGAGAUAAAGAAACCAUUACAGAUCCAAACAACACACUCUGUAUCUUCUGGCCUGUUCUCACCUGUUUCACCACAAAGUAACACACCUUCACCCAACCCAAAGAAACGAGCUUAUUCAUACUCUUCCUGCUACUCUUCUGAUGAAGAAGGAUCUACAUCAAGCACCCAUACCAACACUAACACCCAUACCAACAACGUUACUAGCCGACGAAGAUUAUCGAUAGCCGAUUUAUGUAACCCUAUCAGUACAGGUCCCGUCUGUUUAACAAAGGACGAAUAUGAAGCUCUCGAAGGAAUUGGCCGUUUUCGACAUUCUCCUCCAGUGUUUUUCGACUCUUUGAAAGAUCUAGCCUCUCAAAACUUAUUCAGAUGAAUUUAUCUCUCUUUCUUUCUUUCUUUUUUUUUUCCCACUCUGAUAACUCUUUUUUUUUUUUCCCUUUUUCUUCAAAAAAAAAAAAUGUACAUAUUAUUUUCUUCCC